UGUAGUAGUAGACAGGAUAAAAAAAAUCAACAAUUCUAUAGUUGCCUUAUCUUUAGGCCUACUAGCCUUCAUUGCUUUAAAGGAAUUUUCAAAUAUUUCUUUUUUUCUCCCAACAAAGAAAGUCUUGUCAGCCAACCAAGACCACGAAGCCUUUGCCGGUUCCGGCCACCCCAGUACUACUCCGUCUCUCUCUCUCUCUCCUCCUUCUCUUCUUCUUUCUCUCACUACCUCCAUGUGAGGGAGAGAUCACUCUCACACCUUUCUCUCUUCACUAUUUUUCACUCACUUAUUAUUCUCCAACAUGCCUACCUAGCUAACUAGCCUUGUUUCUGCACCAUAUGGAGGAGUAUAAUCAGAUGGACGAGAACGCGGCUUCGAGAGGGAAUUUCUUGUAUGCGUCGCAGAGCAUCGGAGGAAAUUAUGGGAGAGCAAAUCACGAUCCGUUGCAGAUCAAUAGUACUACUACUUUUCAUCUCCAUCACCAGUCAAGCGGAGACCACUGUUUCCAGACGACGUCUGGGGCAGCAUCGAUAGUGAAGACCGAAGCCAGCACUUCUCACCAACACGUAGUCCAGAAGUUUCAUCACUAUCCUAGUCUAAUGAGUACUCGAGAUCAUCACCAUCAGACGGUUCACCAACAACCCCAUGACCAGACGCUGCCGGAAAAUGAUCGCUCCAAGGAAGUUGAAGCCAUUAAAUCCAAGAUCAUCGCUCACCCUCAGUACUCCAACCUCUUAGGAGCUUACAUGGACUGCCAAAAGGUCGGAGCUCCGCCUGAAGUGAUGGCUCGGCUAGCGGCUUCUCGGGAGGAUUUUGAGACACGUCAGCGAGCUUCGUUGAGUUCUAGAGAGAAUUCAAAGGACCCAGAACUCGAUCAAUUUAUGGAAGCGUACUACGACUUGCUGGUGAAGUAUCGUGAUGAGCUCACGAGGCCCAUUCAGGAAGCCAUGGAUUUCAUGCGAAGGAUCGAAACUCAGCUUAACAUGAUUAACAAUGGUCCUGUGCGGAUCUUCACUUCUGAUGACAAGUGUGAAGGUGUUGGCUCAUCGGAGGAGGACCAGGACAAUAGUGGGGGAGAAACAGAACUCCCAGAAAUAGACCCACGUGCUGAGGACAGAGAACUAAAGAAUCACCUUUUGAGGAAAUACAGUGGCUACUUAAGUGGCCUCAAGCAAGAGCUUUCCAAGAAAAAGAAGAAAGGCAAACUCCCCAAAGAUGCAAGGCAGAAGCUUCUCAGUUGGUGGGAGCUACACUACAAGUGGCCAUAUCCUUCGGAGACAGAGAAGGUGGCUUUGGCCGAAUCAACUGGUUUGGACCAGAAACAAAUAAACAACUGGUUCAUAAAUCAAAGGAAACGACACUGGAAACCUUCUGAAGAUAUGCAAUUCAUGGUGAUGGAUGGUCUGCACCCACAGAACGCAGCUCUCUACAUGGAUGGUCACUACUUGGGCGAUGGUCAUUACCGGCUUGGGCCAUAAUAUACUAAUAUGAGUUAUAUAUAUAUAUAUAUAUAUAACUCUUCUUAUGCUCGCAGGAACGGCACAGCUUGGAAUUAAUUUACUCCAAGUUAGUUAUAUUUACAUGUCCUGGAGGCAUAGCAACCGGCCUUUUUUCCAUUCUCCAGUCGUGGCUUCGUGAUUUUAAGUGCUAGAGUUGUGCAAUGUGUACAAUUCCAAUCCGAUUUUUUGUUUAUUUUCCUUUUUGGUUCUAGCUUGUUACAAUUUGUGCUUAGUAUACAUUUCUGCACCUUCACUAGCCUCUUCUUCAUGUUCUGGGGAUAUAUAUAUAUAUAUAUAUAUAUAUAUAGAUCAAAAUGGACUGCUGUAACCAGCGUUAAUGUGCCAUUUCCAUAAAGUUGGGAUAAUGUUUUUCUAAUUCGGUUAUCUAUGUGUGUAAGUAAUUAGAAAGACACAAGUCUUUGAGUACUGCGUUGUUCCGAAGUGUUUGAGUAGUUUAUAUAGGAGUGGAAUAUUGUGUAAUAAUUUUGAGCAUAUGUACUAUCUAUUGAUGUGGACUCUCAUAUAUGAAUGUCUCGAAAAUAAGGAUAUAUAAAGUGUUAAUUAAGUUCUUUUCUUUUUUAUU